AUGUAUAAGGCAAGGAUUGCAAAAAUGGAGGAACAAUAUAAAAAAAAAAUUAACAGUAUUAGUUUACAAAUGGAAAGAAGAAGAAAAAAAAAAUGUGAAAUAUGUAAAAAUAAGGUUAUGGAUUUAAAAAAACACUAUACUUCAUUAAAACAUACAAAUAAUUUAAAUAAAAUAAAAGAACAAUAUAUUAGCUCAGAAGGAAUGGAAUCAGAUGAUUUAGAAAAAAAAAAAGAUAAUUCAGGAUGUUUUGACAGUAGUGAAUUUAAUACAUUUGAUGAAAUAGAAUCAGAUGAAGAAUUUGAAAAUAAUGAAGAAAAUGAAAAUAUAGAAGAAGAAUUUGAAAUGGAACCAGAUGAAGAAAAUGAAAAUAUUGAAGAUAUAAAUGAAGGAUUAAAUUUAGAUGAUAAUGACAUUAUUUUAUUAAAUGGUAAAAAUCAUAGAAAAUGA